UAUUUUUUGUUUCAGUUUUACUGCGAUUUUAUUUUUUUAAUUGUCUUUUAUGUGAAAUACAGCACAAAAUCUGCGCUCAUUUUCAUUGAAUUUAAAGUUUAUUUUUGAAUUAGUAUUGAAUUUAUUGAACAACUAAUAUAUUGUCGACGAAUUUGUAUUGAUUAUUGAUUUUUUAAUUCAUGUGUUUUUUCUCAAUGACUGAACGAUUACUUUGAAUACUAAUUAAUAAUUAAUUAUAUUUUAAUAAAUUAUAUCUCGAUAUUGGGAUCAAUUAAAGGCCAAAACAAUAUUGAAAAUAAUAAUAUAAAAAUUGUAUGAAUUUGUGACAAAUUGUGAGAAAUGGGAAAUUGUCUCAAAUCUGUGUCAUCUCAUGACGACAUCUCUUUGUUGAGGGAAAACACAUCCAAUACAAGAGACUCGACUUCAUCGGAACAAUUGGCCACAUCUUUAGGUCCGCCACCGACUUAUCAGGAGACGAUCGGAACAAUGCUUCCAACACUUCCCGUAUACUAUCCGUCACCAAAUGUGAGCCGAAGUGCGGCUCAACUGACAGAAGAGGAACAGAUAAAGAUCGCACAGAGAAUGGGUUUAAUACAACACUUGCCGACCGGUGUAUACGAUGGCAGCAAAAAGAAUAGAGAAUGUGUGAUAUGUAUGGGAGAGUUCUUGAUCUCAGAGCCGAUCCGAUUCCUGCCGUGUAUGCAUAUAUACCACACCGAUUGUAUCGAUGAUUGGCUGAUGCGGUCGUUCACGUGUCCGUCAUGUCUGGAACCGGUGGACGCGGCCCUCCUCUCCACUUAUCAAACGGAUUAACGCAAACCAAUAACUCUCACAUAUAUUGAUAUAUUCACGACUCAUCUCUUGACUGGAAUCUAAUAUGAAAUCCUCUUCUCAUUGAAUCAACGCUUAAUGUCAUAAAAGCUAUCAUUCCUUAAGAUAUAUACUGUAUGUCAUCCAAAAUGUGCGACAGAUUUGAGUCAACCAAUCAGUGAAUGAUUUGAAGGCAAUUAAUGUGUUCUAGUCUUGGGUUAUCUCAUCAUAAGAAAUGGUGCGAAUAGUUGGUCGCCAAUUGUUACCUUAGAUUUAAAAGUGAUAUUUAAUUCAAUUUAAUUAUAAAUAUAUAUAUAUAUUGAAUACAAUUUGACACAAAGACUAUAAUUGAAAAAAUAAAUAACGAAUUAGAAGUAUUUGUAAAUUACAAGCUCUCCAUACAAAUUACAUGAAUAGCUCUUUUUGUAGAUAACAUUAUGAAAAAUAUGUAUUAAUUGUGUAAAUAUUGUUCGCAAUCAUAGAAUAUAUGCUAUUUUAAUGUCUAUAUUAUUGUUGAAAGAAUAAGAAGAAUAUAUGUAUAUAAUUAUAUGUAUAUUCGUUUCCUAUCCUCAAUGAGGUCCUAAUCUUUAGGAUUAAUAUUUGUUUUUAAGUGAUUGAUUCAAAACAAGUGGAAGA